CUAGGGGGGCGUAAGGAUUUAGACUUUAUAGACAUGAGUGAAAAUGGAAAAGAAGGCUCCAGCCAGGCUGCCAAGACUGAAAGCAGCACCCAGACUCCAAGUCACUGGGAAAGCAUCCACUUCAAACCCCAGGAUCAGCUAAAGAAGAGGUCCUCCAGAAAGAAGGCCUUCAAAAUACUGCAGGAGAAGAUGUUGAAGUUGCAGUGUGCCUUCAUGGACCACUUCUUGCAGCGGACAAGCCAGCAGAUGCAGUGCCUCCCACCAGGAGAUCAGCAAUGCACACGAGCCUCCAGGAAGCAGGAAAAGAAGAUGGGCUUCUUACUGUCUCAGAUCAUCAACCACAUAUGGUCUAACACUGUAAAGAAACUGAAGUUCAAAGUGCCUCCUCUCCCUUGCUCGGACUCUAGAUGUGGCAUCAAGACUGGGCACCAGGCCUUGUCAUCUUGGCAGACUGGCCAACCCAGGCCUAGGCUGGGUGACUUUGAGGAUGCCUUUGCCGACCGCACCCUAUCCAAGCGUGGGACUGGCAUCUAUGAGUUUUACCACUUAAGCUUUCAGGGCUAUGAGGCCUAUCAGAUGGACAAGUACCACCAAGAUAAGAACCCUUCGGGCUACAUCAACCUUAGUACCAGCGAGAACAAGCUUUGCCUUGAUCUGAUAACAGCAAGGUUGACUCAGUGCGACAUGAACUUCCUUGAUGAGGCCCAGCUGCAGUACUCUGACUGGAAAGGAGAACCAUCCCUUCGGGAAGAGCUGGCUAGUUUCUUGACCCACUACUGCAAGGCACCUACACCCCUUGAUCCAGAAAAUGUGGUAGUUCUAAAUGGCUGCUCCUCGGUCUUUUCUUCGCUGGUCAUGGUUCUGUGUGACCCAGGUGAUGCCCUUCUGAUCCCCACACCGUGCUAUAAUGGCUUCACCUUCAGUUCCUACCUCUAUUCAAAAGUCGAGCUUAUUCCUGUCUACUUGGAGAGCCAGGUCACCGAGACCAACAAGUAUUCUUUCCAACUCACUGUGGACAAGCUCAAGCUUACCCUGACCCAGGCUAAGAAGAAGGGAAAAAAGGUCAGAGGCCUUGUGCUUAUCAACCCCCAGAAUCCUCUGGGUGAUGUCUACACUCAAGGGUCACUGCAAGAGUACCUGGUCUUUGCCAAGAAGCACAAGCUGCAUGUGAUCAUGGAUGAGAUUUACAUGCUGUCCGUGUUUGAGCCAACUGUCACAUUUCACAGCAUCCUGAGCAUAGAAAACUUGCCUGAUCCUAACAUGAUCCACAUGAUCUGGGGCACCAGUAAGGAUUUCGGCAUGUCUGGCAUCCACUUUGGUGUUCUCUAUACACACAACAAGGAGGUAGCCUCUGCCAUGAAAGCUUUCGGCUACCACCAUAGUGUCUCUGGCAUCACUCAGUACAAGCUACGCCAACUGCUCCAGGACAAAGAGUGGAUCAAUAAGGUGUACCUGCCUAAAAACCACAGCCGGCUCCGGAAGGCUUACAACUAUGUCACCAAGAUGCUGGAGGACUUGAAGAUUCCCUUUUGCAACUGUGGCUCUGGCCUCUUUGUCUGGAUCAACUUGAAAGCCUAUCUGAAUCCAUGCACGUUUGACCAAGAGCAGAUCCUUCACCAGCGCUUCCAGGACAAAAAGCUGCUGUUAUCCAGUGGCAAAUCCUUUAUGUGCAUAGAACCUGGCUGGUUCCGCCUCGUCUUUGCAGAAAAACACCCUAAACUACAAGUGGCCAUGGGUCAGUUCUGCCAGGUGCUUGCUGAGCACAAAAAAGGCGAGAUAACAGAACAGCAGGAGAAGUCAACUGGGACGGACGAUGUAGAUGGCUGCCUCCACCCAGUGGCUCCAGACAGCCCGCUGUCUCUUGCUCAGGCCCCCCCACAAAAGUAGUCUCGUGGGCAGGAGACAGUAGGAGGAAUUGGAGCCACUGUGCUUUGACCUCGCUCAUCAAGCCCCCUAAGCUGAGUGUCUGACAUUUUUAGAAGCCUUGUUUCUUUUAGCCUUUGCUACCUGUCCUGCGCUCACACAUGGCGUUUUUAUUGUGGUAGGAGGGGUAAGGCCUAAGGAACCCCAGAGUGGUGAAUGCAGUCCCCUGGAUUCCUUUUUAGAUAGCUUUGUUUUAUACUCACCAUUUAAUAAAAGUCUUGGCUCUGUUUUCUCCA